GAGAUCAUUGGAGGGGGAGGGGGAGAGUCGGCUCAGAAAGUGGAGUCUGAACCAGCAGCCCGGAGGAGAGGAAAAACCCUGGGUCGUUUGAACCACACGCCAGAUGCAACGCAAGCAAGGACUUCGUCACACUAAAAUAGAUUUUGUGAGGGCCAGAAGUAUAAAUUACGAAGCAGAAAUGAGUAUCAAACAACUUCCAGCGGUUUGCACCUAGAGAAAGACAAGAAGAACCCACUAGGAACAAACCAGCGCAAUCCAAACAACGCCUCCAGUAGGAAAAGAGAAAAACUGCGACGCGGCGACCCCCGGAGAAGAGAGGAGAGCAGCGCGCGGAACCGGCGGGGCGUCCGCAAACCUCCAGCGCCGAGGACCAGGCUGCAGCCUGCACUUCAUCGGGGCGGCGCGGAGCACCGGUCACCCACCCCGGGCGGAGGAGCCCUCACAGAGCGGGAGAGAAGUUUUAAGAAUGAAACACCGAAUGCUUUGCUCUUAUUUUUAAAUUUACUUUGGUACUUAAAAGACUUCAUCUCCAGAUAUCUGGGCAAUCUGGGCGACAGACUUUUAAGCCUAAACGCCUGGGUAACUUGAAUUUCUCUCUCUUGCGGGCCGCACCCCUCCCCUCACUCUCCCGCACAGGUUAUCUUCAUUUUACUUAUAAAAGAGAAAGCCUCCCCUCCAAAGUCCCAGCAGGUACUCCCCCCCGCAAAAAAAAAAAAAAAAUUACCUUCUAAUUUCCUGCACAAGAAAAUAGGGCUUCGAAAGCGGGAAAAAGCACAGGCCGGCGGCUACCGCGCCAGCCGGCAGCCAGGUGGGAAGCAGACCGUGGGGCUUCAGGGGAGCGCACCGCCUCUUCGCAAAGCCGCACCACCAGCGCCUGAGCCUUGGAUCCCUCAACGUACUGCGAGACGCCGGUGUACAGCCCGGACCUGUGCCCCAACAUGAUCGCCGCCCAGGCCAAGCUGGUUUACCAGCUCAAUAAAUACUACACCGAGCGCUGCCAGGCGCGCAAGGCAGCCAUCGCGAAGACCAUCCGAGAGGUCUGCAAGGUGGUCUCGGACGUGCUCAAAGAGGUGGAGGUGCAGGAGCCCCGCUUCAUCAGCUCGCUCAGCGAGAUCGACGCCCGCUACGAGGGGCUCGAGGUCAUCUCGCCCACCGAAUUCGAGGUGGUGCUCUACCUCAACCAGAUGGGCGUCUUCAACUUCGUGGACGACGGCUCGCUGCCCGGCUGCGCGGUGCUCAAGCUGAGCGACGGGCGGAAGCGGAGCAUGUCCCUCUGGGUGGAGUUCAUCACGGCGUCCGGCUACCUCUCCGCGCGCAAGAUCCGCUCGCGCUUCCAGACGCUGGUGGCCCAGGCGGUGGACAAGUGCAGCUACCGGGACGUGGUCAAGAUGAUCGCGGACACCAGCGAGGUCAAGCUGCGCAUCAGGGAGCGCUACGUGGUGCAGAUCACGCCGGCGUUCAAGUGCACGGGGAUCUGGCCUCGCAGCGCGGCGCAGUGGCCCAUGCCCCAUAUCCCCUGGCCCGGCCCAAAUCGGGUGGCGGAGGUCAAGGCCGAAGGGUUCAACUUGCUCUCCAAGGAGUGCUACUCGCUGACCGGCAAGCAGAGCUCGGCGGAGAGCGACGCCUGGGUGCUGCAGUUCGGGGAGGCGGAGAACCGCCUGCUAAUGGGCGGAUGCCGAAACAAGUGUCUCUCGGUGCUGAAGACGCUGCGGGACCGCCACCUGGAGCUGCCGGGCCAGCCCCUCAACAAUUACCACAUGAAAACCCUGCUGCUCUACGAGUGCGAGAAACACCCUCGGGAAACGGACUGGGACGAGGCGUGCCUGGGCGACCGGCUCAACGGCAUCCUGCUGCAGCUCAUCUCCUGCCUGCAGUGCCGCCGCUGCCCACACUACUUUCUGCCCAACCUCGACCUCUUCCAGGGCAAGCCCCACUCGGCCCUGGAGAGCGCUGCCAAGCAGACCUGGAGGCUGGCCAGGGAAAUCCUCACCAAUCCCAAAAGCCUGGACAAACUAUAGGGCGCCUGGACUGCAUGAGAAGCGUGCUCUCUCACACCCAAUGCACCGCUCGACGAAACGGCGGAAACUCUGGACGCAAACUUUUGUAAGU